AUGGCCGCGCCUUGCGGCAAGUCGGAGCGACGGCCGCCUGUCCUCGGGUCGCCAGCCAGGUGCGCUGUAAAGUUGGCGCCGGCGCUGCCGCCUCAGCAACAGUCGCAGCCGCCAGGCGGCGGCGCGCGCGCCGGGGCCGACGACGCCGGCAGCGGCGCCGCUGACGGCGGCGGCGGCGGGGGUGGCGGCGGGCAGCAGCUCGAUGACGUCAGCAGUUUCUCUGGGCAGCUUCUGUCUUUGGAGCAGCGGAUCGGCGGCGUGAUUGCUGCGUGCCUGCGGAUUCAAGGUGGGGCCGGCGACGGCGACGGGGGCGCGGCCGCCGCUGCAGCCGGCCCGGCGGCGUUCGACCGGGCGUGUGGCUUUGGCGGCAACGGCGGGAACGGGCGCGGCGGCGUAGCAAGCGGCAGGGCCGCUGGCGAGGGCGGAGGGGGCGGUGACAUGUCAUGUCCGCCGUCCCUGGCAGCGUUGACGCUGGGGUUGGUGCAAAUCGUGACCGGGGCCGAGCGCCCUCACCCGCACACCUGCGAGCCGCCCGAACCGGCGGCGCUCCGGCCGCUGUUGUCACCGGCGUCUGCGCGCCGGCGGGCGCAGAGGCGCGGCGGCGAAGGGGCCGCUGGGGCCGGCGCCGCAGCAGUGAAGCGGUCGCCAACAGAUGGGGGGCUGACGGCGGAAGAGGCGACGGUUGCCGCAGGGGCGGACGGGUGCGCCCUCCCCUGGGGUGCGUGGGGGCAGGCAGCCUCUGGAUGCAAGCCUGCUUGCAGCGUGCCAGAGGGCGCGCCCUGGCUGUCGCCUCAGCGGCCGCCGUCCGCGGCGCCACAAUCGGCGCUCGACGGCGGAAGCAUGAGCGGCAGCAGCGGCGGCAGCGGCGGCCGGGGCGGCGAGCGCGGCGGGAGCGGCACCGCGGGCGGCGGGAGCGGAGACGGCAGCGGCUGCGGGUGA